GCGAUUGGUCAGUAUAGUUUUGUAAGCUUACGCGGUACGACAUAGCAGAGUGUGUUCAGUACUCUGUGAUUUUCUACAAAAUCUAAACGUUUCGCGCGUUAAACUUAAUCUGUUUUCUGAGAAAGUGUUGGUCCGUUUUUAAGAAAAAAUUGUGAUUAGAUUAAAACUCUAAACUUUUCUUUAAACACAAGAGUGUAUUUUGAAAUGUCUCUAACAAAAUGCGUCACUCUGGAGGAAGAAAUGAAGAAGAAUCCUGAAUUGAAGAUGACGGAUAUAGAGAUCCUGAAAGAAUGGUGCGAGAAACAGCCGCAUCUGCCGAAAAUAUCGGAUCUGCAACUUGCUGUGAUGCUGCAUAGCAAUUAUUAUCAGAUCGAACCGACAAAGAGUACAAUCGAAAACUAUUUCACCAUCAGGACACACGCGCCGGAGUUUUUAUUUUCCAACCGAAAUCUGAUAAUAAAAGAAUUACGAACUUGUAAAGUUACAGCACAUAUUAUUAUUGGAGAAAAAACAAAAGAGGGUUAUACCAUGAUGUUGUCAAGACUUAUCGACUUCGAACCUUCACAUUAUGACAUUGCCAAAGAGACAAAUUUCGGUUUGAUGAUACUAGAGGAACACAUUUAUACUCAAGGUUUGGUACCUGGAUAUAUCAGCAUUAUAGAUGUCACUGGAUUAUCGCUCGGACAUUUAGGACGAUUACAUCCAAUGAUAGUAAAAACAGCUUUAACUUACGUUCAGAAUGCUUUUCCAUUACGUUUGAAAGCUAUUCACUUCCUCAAUUCGUCGCCAAUACUUCAAACAAUAUACAACAUGUUCAAGUCACUUAUCAACGAGGAACUAAUGAAAUUGAUACAUUUCCAUUCAUCAAUGGAGAGUGCGAAAAAAUAUUUGCCAAUAGAUGCGCUGCCUAACGAAUGCGGUGGAAAAGCUGGUCCUAUUGAAGAAUUAAGAGAAGUGGGCGUGAAGAAGAUCGAGGAUUUUCGCGAAUGGUUCUUGGAGGACGAAAGAGUCGGCCGGGUGAACGAAUCAUUACGAAUUGGCAAGUCCAAAACUUCCAACGACUUGUUCGGUAUGGACGGUAGUUUCAAGAAAUUAACAAUAGAUUAACGAAACAAAUGAUUUGUGAAGAAAAAACAAUAUUAUAGAUUAAUAAAAAAUCAAAACAUCUCUCUUAUAAUUAACGCGUUAUAUGUGAAUAACAAAUAUACACUUUAAGAAUUACAUAAAAAAUUAGUAAUAUGUUGUUACCGAACAAUGACCGUAAUUCGACUACGAAAUAUUUUUCUCGUACAAAGCAUUAUUAAAUUUUCUUAUUAUUCUAAUUGUACAUACCUUGUAAUAAUCUACAAAAAUAUAUUUAUUUCGUAAAACA